UUGUUGCAAGACACCCAGCAACAUGGCAGAUGAUAUCGAUUUCACCACUGGAGAUGCUGGAGCUUCCACCACUUUCCCCAUGCAGUGCUCUGCCCUGCGCAAGAACGGCUUUGUGGUUCUGAAGGGACGUCCUUGUAAAAUUGUUGAAAUGUCUACUUCUAAGACCGGCAAACAUGGUCAUGCCAAGGUUCACCUUGUUGGUAUUGAUAUUUUCAGUGGUAAGAAGUAUGAAGAUAUUUGUCCAUCUACCCACAACAUGGAUGUUCCAAAUAUUAAAAGAAGUUAUUAUCAACUGAUUGGGAUCAACGACAAAUACCUUUCCCUUCUGACUGACAGUGGUGAUGUUCGUGAUGAUCUUAAGCUGCCAGAUGGUGAUUUGGGAAAAGAAAUAGAAACUAGAUUUGAAGGCGGAGAAGAGAUUAUGAUCUCCGUCUUGUGUGCUAUGAAUGAGGAGUGUGCCGUUGCCAUCAAGGCCAUGACCAAAUAAACAUAUUCCCAGGCUCGAGCAAAGUGCUCAGGUCAAGAUAAACAGAUCUUAAAUUUGGUUCUGAUUGUCACCAAAGCAUAUGGCCUUUUCAAAACCUCAUUAUUUUUUUUUCAAUUGUUUUCAUGUGUUUGCUCGAAGCGGAAAUGGGCUAUGCAGGUUAACUGGCUAUUUUCCAAAUCACUGCAGUUAGAUUCAGUUUGAAUGCUUUAGGUGUUGAUAUCCUUGCAGGUGUUCAUUUUGAAGGUCCAUCUGAACUGACGGCAUUAGUUUUGUUGCAUCAAAUCUGCUCCAGAUGCAUAGUUUAAAUCAAGUGUUGAUGAAAAAUACUGGUUACAUACACCUAGGAUAAAA